AUGUGGCGUCGACCAGGCGUCGUGUUCAGUGGCGUCGCGCUCUACGCGGGCGUGACGUUUGUCUCGUACGUGACGUUCUACGACCCGCGAACGAGCAAAAGCCGCGCAAGUGCUGCGCAACAACCAGUGGACGACGCCACGCGCGUGCACACGUUCAACGCGAACGCGGCACAAUACGACAAAGAAGUCGAGUGGGACGAGCGCCUGAUGGGCAUUUCGCUCAUGCGCCGGUUCCUCUUGCGAAACGCGGGGGGGCAGAUUUUAGAAGUAGCAGCAGGCACGGGCCGUAAUUUGGGGUUUUAUCCUGCUACUUCAGCGGUAAUUCUCACCGACGCGAGUCGAGGGAUGCUGGACCACGUGCCUAAAAUAGAACAGCAGCGACUCAACAGCUGUCAACUCCACGUGAUGGCGGCCGAAAACUUGAGCUUUCCAGAUGAGCAGUUCGAUACGGUCGUUGAUACGUUUGGACUGUGCAGUAUGGACGACUCCUUGCAGACGCUACGCGAGAUGCAGCGCGUGUGCAAAAAAGACGGCGGUCGGAUUCUGCUCUUGGAACACGGCCAAAGCAGCUACAAGUGGUUGGCUGGCAUUUUGGACAAGUUUGCCGACUUGCACGCUCAAAAGUGGGGCUGUCACUGGAAUCGAGACAUUCUGAAGCUCGUUGACCAAGCGGGUCUUGAAGUCGAGUCGAUGCACCGUUUCCACUUUGGAACGACUUACUACAUUGUGGCGAAACCUGGCUGCAAGCACGACAAGGAGGUAGAAACGGACGAUAGAAGCGCUGGGUAG